UUCCCGCGCUGCCGCUCCUCUCCCGUUUUCUCUCCCGUUAUCUUUUCCCGUUAUCUUCUCUCCUUCCCGUUAUCCCGCCCCGCCCAGGAGCUCGAUCCCCUCCCUCGGGAGCGGCGCGGAGCCGAGGGAAGGCGGAAGCGCGGCUGGCGGGGGCGUGGCCGUGCCUCUGACCCGCGCCCACGUGUUCGGCGGCGCACGCGGAGCCGCCACCAUGGAGCAGCCCGAGCCCCCCUCAGACCCCGAGGAGCUGUCAGAGAGCGAGGAGAGCGUUUAUUCCGGCCUGGAAGAUUCAGGGAGCGACAGCGAAUCCUCUGGGAAUGCUGAGGAGGAGGAGGAGGAGGAUGAGGAUGAUGAAGAAACCCCCGGAAGCCCCUCAGCUCCCCAGACACAGGAAAAAGAGAUUCCUGGGAAGAGGAAAACCUUGGCAGACGAUUCCCAGUUGGAAGGGAAGCAGGAUUUGGUUUUCCAGGACGAGUACGAGGAGGACAGCUCGGAUGAGGAGGACAUCCGGAACACGGUGGGGAACAUUCCCAUGGAAUGGUAUCAGGAUUUUCCACACGUGGGAUACGACCUGGAUGGGAAGAGGAUCUACAAACCCCUGAGGAGCAAGGACGAGCUGGAUCUGUUCCUGGAAAAGAUGGAAAACCCGGAAUACUGGCGGACGGUUCAGGACAGACAGACGUUGGCCGAUGUCCGUCUGUCCGAGGAGCAGCUGGAGCUGGUCCGGCGCCUCCAGCGGGGUCAGUUCGGGGACGUCGACUUCGACCCCUACGAGCCUUCCGUGGAUUUCUUCAGCCACGAGGUGCGGAUCCAUCCGGUGACCAACCGGCCCGCGGACAAACGGAGCUUCAUCCCUUCCCUGGUGGAGAAGGAAAAGGUAUCCAAGCUGGUCCACGCCAUCAAGAUGGGUUGGAUCCAACCCCGGAAGCCCAAGGAAAACGUUCCCACUUUUUACGACCUGUGGGCGCGGGAGGAUCCCAAUUCCAUCCUGGGAAGGCACAAGAUGCACGUCCCCGCUCCCAAAAUCCCGCUGCCGGGCCACGAGGAAUCCUACAACCCGCCCCCGGAAUUCCUGCUCAGCCCCGAGGAGAAGUUGGCCUGGGAGCAGCAGGAUCCCUCCGAGCGGCGCCUGAACUUCAUCCCGCAGAAAUUCCGGAGCCUCCGCGCCGUUCCCGCCUAUUCCCGCUUCAUCCACGAGCGCUUCGAGCGCUGCCUCGACCUCUACCUGUGCCCCCGGCAGCGCAAAAUGAGGGUCAACGUGGAUCCCGAGGAUCUCAUUCCCAAACUUCCCAGGCCGCGGGAUCUGCAGCCCUUCCCGACCACGCAGGCGCUGGUUUACCGCGGCCAUUCCAGCCUGGUCCGGACCCUGAGCGUCUCCCCCAGCGGGCAGUGGUUGGUGUCAGGCUCCGACGACGGCUCCGUGCGUUUUUGGGAGGUGAGCUCCGCCCGCUGCCUGCGCACCGUUCCCGUCGGAUCCGUGGUCAAGAGCGUGGCCUGGAAUCCCAAUCCCAGCAUCUGCCUGGUGGCCGUGGCCGUGGAUGAGCAGGUGCUCCUGGUGAAUCCGGGCCUCGGGGACCGGCUCCUGGUGGCAGCCACGGAUCAGCUCCUGGAUUCCUGGGAAGCUCCGGAGGAGGAGCGGAUCCAGCCGGUCCAGUGGAUCCCGGCCGGCCCGGAGGAGCGCGGGAAAGGGAUCCGGCUGCUGGUGCAGCACGGCAAGCCGGUGACGCAGGUGACCUGGCACGCCAAGGGCGAUUACUGGGCCUCGGUCAUGCGGAAUCCCGGCAGCCGCCAGGUGCUGAUCCACCAGAGCAGCCGGCGCUGGAGCCAAGAUCCCUUCCGGAAAAAUCCGGGAAUGAUCCAGUGCGUGCAAUUCCAUCCUCUCCGGCCUUACUUCCUGGUGGCUUCCCAGCGCUCCGUGCGGAUUUACAACCUGCUGCGCCAGGAGCUCACCAAGAAACUCCAGAGCAACUGCCAGUGGAUCUCCAGCAUGGCCGUGCAUCCCGGAGGGGAUAACGUGAUCUGCGGGAGCUACGACAGCAAGCUGGCCUGGUUCGACCUGGAUCUGUCCACGAGGCCCUACCGGCUGCUCCGCCAUCACCGCCGCGCCCUGCGCUCCGUGGCGUUCCAUCGCCGUUAUCCGCUGUUCGCGUCCGGCUCCGACGACGGCUCCGUCAUCGUCUGCCACGGGAUGGUGUACAGUGACCUGCUCCAGAACCCUCUCCUGGUCCCUCUCAAGGUUCUCAAGGGUCACAUUCCCACUCUGGAUCUCGGAGUUCUCGACGUCGCCUUCCACCCCCACCAGCCCUGGAUCUUCUCCUCCGGAGCCGACGGCACCGUGCGCCUUUACACCUGA